CGAUAUAAGCCACAACACGAGCGAAGUGUUAUUAGAGGUAUUCGAUCAUGUCAACAAAAGUCAAAGAUUCUUGGGGCUAGGAAUCGUAGGCGUCGAGGAACUUGUCAUGAAUCCGAGUCAACGGCAAAUUAUACCUCUUCAGGCACGGCCAUACGAGCAAGAUGACAUUACAGGCACUCUCACGGUGGAGUUUCUGUUCAUCGAGGGUGCGGAGGUACCACAAAUUGGGACCAAGCCUUAUAAGGUCAAGGAAACGAUAAAGCCAGUCUCGCCGAGCCGAUCCUACAGUCAAAAUGUCAUCAGCAGCAAUAGUCUGAACUACAACAAUGGUAACAGUACACUUAUCUUGUACGACUCUGCCGCACAGUCGGAAGGGGGUAAUUACCGAUUACUUAUCAAGCGUUGAUGUGUGUGUAUAUUAAUUCGAUUGAUUUUUCUUUCUUUUUAUUAGUAUAUUAGUGACUUAUUGAUCUGUCCUCAUAAAAAAGGCAACCUAAUGUUUCUCGUGAUUAGAAUCGGUUUGUGAACUCCCCUACAGUAUGUAACGCAUUUGUUUAAAUUAUACAUCAUUCAUCGCACGUCGAUACCAUUUCUCCAAUUCGUUUCUUUGAUUCGAACAUAAUUGGCAUAAGAUUAAUUAGUAUACAAAGCAUCAUC